AUGAGAUGUUUCGUGGCACUACUUGCAUUCUUCGCUCUCUGCCAAGGCAGUGGGAUCACCAGGGUUCCCCUGCUCAAAGGGAAGUCACUGAGGAAGUCCCUGAAGGAGCACGGGCUCCUGGAGGAGUUUCUGCAAACACAUGCCAGAAAGAAGCUUGCCCACUCCGGGAAGAUUGCCCGGGAGCCCCUGACCAACUAUCUGGAUACUGAGUAUUUUGGGAAGAUCCAGAUUGGAAGUCCACCGCAGGAGUUCACCGUGGUUUUUGACACUGGCUCUUCCGAUCUCUGGGUACCCUCUGUCUUCUGCAAUAGUGAUGCCUGCCAAAAUCACCAUCGCUUCAAUCCGUCCAAGUCCUCCACCUUCCAGAACAUGAACAGACCCCUGUCCAUCCAGUACGGCACCGGCAGCAUGCAGGGUUUCCUGGGCUAUGACACUGUCACUGUCUCCAAUAUUGUGGUCCCUCACCAAACUGUGGGCCUGAGCACCCAGGAGCCUGGUGACAUCUUCACCUACUCAGAGUUUGACGGAAUCCUGGGGCUGGCCUACCCCUCACUCGCCUCUCAGUACUCAGUGCCUGUGUUUGACAACAUGAUGAAGCAACACCUGGUCGCCCAAGACCUGUUCUCUGUCUACAUGAACAGCCAAGGCCAGGGGAGCAUGCUCAUUCUGGGGGCUAUUGACCCAUCCUACUACGUGGGAGCUCUGCACUGGGUGCCUGUGACCGUGCAGCAGUACUGGCAGUUCACUGUGGACAGGAUCACUGUUGAUGGUGUGGUGGUGGCUUGUGAUGGUGGCUGCCAAGCCAUCCUGGACACAGGUACCUCUCUUCUGGUCGGGCCUAGUAGCGACAUCCUCAACAUCCAGACAGUCAUUGGAGCCACCCAGGGCCAGUAUGGCGAGUUUGACAUUGACUGUGGGAGCCUGAGAAGCAAGCCCACUGUGGUCUUUGAGAUCAAUGGCCGGGAGUACCCUCUGCCCCCUACUGCCUAUACUAACCAGGACCAAGGCUUCUGCACCAGUGGCUUCCAGGGUGAUGACUCCCAGCAGUGGGUGCUGGGCGAUGUCUUCAUCCGGGAGUACUACAGCGUCUUCGACAGGGUCAACAACCGGGUGGGGCUGGCCAAGGCCAUCUGA